GGGUCACAGGCCAGAGGGAGGAAGGAAGCCAACUGAAGUGUGUGAGUGGGUGGGUUUUGCCUGCAGCCUUGCACCCAGGGCAAAGGGUUCGUUUGGAGGGUGGAGGAAGAAGAGCCAAGGACAGUCCCUUUCUGCCCCCAUCGCUUCUCCUUCCUCUUGCCUAUGUCAGCUGUGUUAUCUUCAAAACCACCCCUCCCCAAUCCAUUACCCAACCCUCACCCAGAGUGUGUUGUUUGAUUUGGGACAGGAAGACAGAAGUUCGUGUGGGCCACUUAGAGUUCAGGCUCCUAUCUCGGCCCCACCCCCUCAGUCAGGGCUGAUCCCUGGCCCCCUCCAGCCCCACUCCACCCAGCCCUCUGCCCUUGGCCAAUUGUCUUCACCAUGACCCAUCAUGCCUCUGCCUGGCUACACCACACAGAGACUGGGACCCUCCAACCAGAGAAAGGCACCCAGCUCCUGUCUGUUCAUUUUUAUAUCUCCUGUUCUGCAUUCAGAAUCAAGAACCCGACGAUUGGCCAGGGACUUCUAGCCAUGGAGGUCUUCAUUAUUUUGACCCUGUUUAGUGCUCUGGUGACAGGCACGCAUGGAGGUGGGACUGGGAGUGAGGGUGAGGGAGACAGAGGGUGUAAACCCAGCCUGUAUCCCCGCUGCCCAUCCGAAUCCCCCAGUGCCCAGCCCUGGACCCAGCCUGGCCAGAGCCAGCUCUUUGCAGACCUGAGCCGAGAGGAACUGACUGCUGUGAUAAGCUUUCUGACUCAGCACCUGGGCCCUGGGCUGGUGGAUGCAGCUCAGGCCCAGCCCUCGGACAACUGUGUCUUCUCAGUGGAGUUGCAUCUGCCCCCCAAGGUGGCAGCCCUGGCCCACCUGGACAGAAGGAGCCCCCCACCUGCCCGGGAGGCAUUGGCCAUCAUCUUCUUUGGUGCACAAGCCCAGCCCAACGUGAGUGAGUUGGUGGUGGGGCCACUGCCCCACCCAUCCUAUGUGCGGGAUGUGACCGUCGAACGUUACGGAGGGCCCCUGCCCUACCACCGACGGCCUGUGCUGGCCCGAGAGUACCUGGACAUAGACCACAUGAUCUUCAACAGAGAGCUGCCCCAGGCUGCUGGGCUUCUCCACCACUGUUGCUUCUACAAACCCAAAGGAAGAAAUUUGGUGACAAUGAACACAGCUCCCCGUGGUCUCCAGUCAGGGGACCGGGCCACCUGGUUUGGCCUCUACUACAACAUCUCAGGGUCUGGAAUAUUCCUGCACCCUGUGGGCUUGGAGCUGCUGGUGGACCACAAGGCUCUGGACCCUGCCCACUGGACCAUCCAGAAGGUAUUCUACCAAGGCCGCUAUUAUGACAGUCUGGCCCAGCUGGAGGACCAGUUUGAGGCAGGCCUGGUGAAUGUCAUAACGAUCCCAGAUAAUGGCACUGGUGGGGCCUGGUCCCUCAAGUCCCAGGUGCCCCCCGGUCCCUCUCCCCCUCUGCAGUUCUACCCCCAUGGUCCCCGCUUCAGUGUCCAGGGGAGUCGGGUGUCCUCCUCAUUGUGGACUUUCUCCUUUGGUCUUGGAGCUUUCAGCGGCCCAAGGAUCUUUGAUGUUCGCUUCCAGGGGGAGAGGGUUGCCUAUGAAGUCAGCGUCCAGGAAGCCUUGGCUGUCUAUGGUGGCAAUUCUCCUUCUGCUCUGCGAGGCCGAUACACAGAUAGUGGCUUUGGGUUGGGCCACUUCUCCACGCCCCUGACCCGUGGGGUGGACUGCCCCUACCUGGCCACCUAUGUGGACUGGCACUUCCUUUUGGAGUCCCAGGCCCCCAAGACACUACGCGAUGCCUUUUGUGUAUUUGAACAGAACCAGGGCCUCCCCCUGCGGCGACACCACUCCGAUUUAUACUCUCACUACUUUGGGGGCCUCACGGAGACAGUGCUGAUUGUCAGGUCUGUGUCCACCAUGCUCAACUACGACUAUGUGUGGGAUAUGGUCUUCCACCCCAAUGGGGCCAUCGAAAUCAAGUUCCAUGCCACGGGCUACAUCAGCUCAGUGUUCCUUUUUGGUGCAGCCCGGAGGUACGGGAACCAAGUUGGGGAGCACACACUGGGCACCGUUCACACUCACAGCGCCCACUUCAAGGUGGAUCUGGACAUAGCAGGACUGGAGAACUGGGUCUGGGCUGAGGACAUGGCCUUUGUCCCCACUGCGGUGACCUGGAGCCCCCAGCACCAGAUACAGAGGCUGCAGGUGACCCGGAAGCUGCUGGAGACCGAGGAGCAGGCCGCCUUCCCCCUGGGAGGGGCGGCCCCUCGCUACCUGUACCUGGCCAGCAACCACAGCAACAAGUGGGGUCACCCACGGGGCUAUCGCAUCCAAGUGCUUAGCUUUGCUGGGGAGCCGCUGCCCCAGAGCAGCUCCAUGGAGAGAGCCUUUAGUUGGGGCAGGUACCAACUGGCUGUGACCCAGAGGAAGGAGGAGGAGCCCAGUAGCACCAGCAUCUACAAUUUAAAUGACCCUUGGACCCCAAUUGUGGACUUCACAGACUUCAUCAACAAUGAGACCAUUGCAGGGAAGGACUUGGUGGCCUGGGUGACAGCUGGCUUCCUGCAUAUCCCACAUGCCGAGGACAUUCCCAACACGGUGACUGUGGGCAAUGGUGUAGGCUUCUUCCUUCGACCCUACAACUUCUUUGAUGAGGACCCCUCCUUCAACUCUGCCGACUCCAUCUACUUCCGGGGGGACCAGGAUGCGGGGGCCUGUGAGGUCAACCCCCUGGCUUGCCUCCGUCAGACUGCUGCCUGUGCGUCGGACCUCCCUGCCUUCUCCCACGGGGGCUUCUCUCACAGCUAGUUGAUCCCUGGGAUGGGGAGUCUUGUCAGGGACCCCAGGGCCAGGGUGUGACAGAGAUAAUCUCAUUCAUCUGCCCAAGAGACUUAUGUGUCCUUUUUUUAUUUGACAAGUUCUUCCAUACCCCUGCCACAUGUUAGGCCCCUUUUCAUUCUAUAGUAAUAAUCAUAGUAAUAAAUAAAAUUGCCUUCAUAGUCCUGUCAUGGUGGAUGAGGGGCUCUCUCUGGUCCCACAUAGCUCCCACUGCCAGUCCCAAGAGACCAGCAUUCGGUCUUUGCGUUUCAUAAAACUAUGUCUAUUCAAGAAACGGAGAUGGAUGUAGGUUAAAAUGGGAAUGGGUUUGGAGAAAGGACUGGGGCCAGGAACCAGGUGGAGAUGAGAGUGAGGAGGAUUGUGCAGCCCCUUCUGGCCUCUCCAUCUACUUUGCUCCAUCUAUCUUGAAGCAAAGAAGAUUUCAUUCAUUCAUUCAUCAAACAUUUCUGGGGCUGUUCCUGAAUGCCAUAUUUGCACUGACACACUAAAGUAUCAUAAUAUCCUUGCCCUUGAGGAGCUCAGAAUCUGUACUGGAGGAAGGCCUUUCGGUAAACGAUUAAAAUGCAUUGCAAUAAGAGCUAUGACAGAUGAAAGGCAUACAGAGCAGGAGCCUUCAAACACCUGUGGGUGUCUGGGAGGGCUUUAUGGAGGCAGUGAAAAUUAUUUGUGCAUGUGUUUAAUUUUAUUAAUUUAUUCAUAUGAAUAGGUAACACAUUCACAUGUUCAAAAUCCUACACGUACAAAAAGGUACAUAUCUGGUGAUGGUUGCACACCUCUGUGAAUGUACUUAAAACCAAUGAAUUGUAUGCUUUAAAUGGGUGAAUAAUACGUUAUGUGAAAUAUAUCUCAAACAGCUUUUUUUUUCUAAUUUUUAUUGUGCUUUAAGUGAAAGUUUACAAAUCAAGUUAGUCUCUCACACAAAAACCCAUAUACACCUUGCUACACGCUCCCAAUUUCUCUCCCCCUAAUGAGACAGCCUGCUCUCCCCUCCACUUUCUCUUUUUGUGUCCAUUUCACCAGCUUCAACCAAACAGCUUUUUAAUCAAUCCAUAAGGGUACACGUCUCUCCAUCCCACUUCUGCCUGCUGGUCUCCAAGCUCUGCUCCCUGAAGUCAACCGAUAUUAUGAAUUUAUUGUAUAUUUUUGUUGUUGAUGUUGUUAGGAGUGGGGAGUAAAAUUUGAAGUGGUUAAGGAGUUGAAUUUAGUCUAGUGGGGAAGUGGGGAGCAGUGUUCCUGGCAGAGAUAUGGGCACAAAGGCUGUGGUCCUGUAGUAUGUUCAGGAACAGUGAGUGCUGGCACAUGGAAUGGGGUGGUGGAAUGGUAGGAGGUGAAGAUGGAAAGGUUAAAUGGGGUCAGAAUGAGCAGAGCCUCGGAUACCAUGUGGAGCCGUCUGGACUUUAUUCUUAAGCUGCAAUAAGUCAAAUCUUUAAGUUGUAUUCUCUUUUUUCACAUAACAUUCCAUCAUAACCAUUUUUACAGGUUGCCGUGUAACCCUCAAAAGGAUGAUUUUUAGAGGAUAAGUGGUACUCUAAGUUGAUAGUAAACUAAUCAUUUCCCCUUGGGCAACAGGUUGGUUCCAAAUUGCUGUCAAGUGGAAGAAUGACCCCCAUUGGAUCUUGGCUUUGGACAAUGGCUUUUACGUGGUAGACUCACAGACUCGGAGCUAAAAGGGUCUUAGGGAUUCAUCUGGAGUCCAUCCUUAGGUCUUCUAUCACCUUGAGAAAGGUAUCUGAAUCACUCAAAAGAUUUUUAGACUUUGGUAGUUUUUGCUGACUCUGGAAGGUCCUUCCUCAGACCUACUUGCUACACAUCAAAAGAACUAUUUGAAAACAUUCAGGUCCAGCUGUGCUCUCUCCAUCUUUUGACUUAGAAAAGUGCCCAACCACCCUCUUGCUGUACUUGGUCAAAUGACAACCAAAUGUCUGGGGUGGAGCACUCUGGAGACUCAAGAGAA